CGGGCUGGAUUGAGAAGGAAGUAGCUGAGUUCUGAGCAUUUUUUCCACACCUGGCCAGGGCCACAGUGCACAGCUGUGCCACUGGCUCAGCCCUGCCCCCUGUGGGCCUCUGCCUGUGACUUCCCCCCAUCUCUCCAGGGAGAUGCUGUCCCGUGGUACAAGUGAGUUCCCUCAAGGGGUCGGCCGCGCCCCUUCCUGUCCCCGCCCUGCCGGCUGCCCCAGGCCAGUGGAGAGGCAGCACCAGAACCAGGACCGUCAGGGGUGGCAAGGUGGCCUGGCACCUACAGUUGGGUCUGAGGCUUAGCCCCAGCGUCCUUCCUGCCCAGGCUAGGCUGCGCCACCUCAUUCUCUACACCUCUUUCCUCUCCGGGAGCCCCCAGGAUGGUGAGGUGGUUUCACCGAGACCUCAGUGGGCUGGAUGCCGAGACCCUUCUCAAGGGCCGGGGUGUCCAUGGGAGCUUCCUGGCUCGGCCCAGUCGCAAGAACCAGGGUGACUUCUCUCUUUCUGUCAGGGUGGGGGAUCAGGUGACCCAUAUUAGGAUCCAGAAUUCUGGGGAUUUCUAUGACCUGUAUGGAGGUGAGAAGUUCGCGACACUGACGGAGCUGGUGGAGUACUACACGCAGCAGCAGGGCGUUCUGCAGGACCGCGAUGGCACCAUCAUCCACCUGAAGUAUCCGUUGAACUGUUCCGACCCCACCAGUGAGAGGUGGUACCAUGGCCACAUGUCUGGGGGGCAGGCAGAGACACUGCUGCAGGCCAAGGGUGAGCCCUGGACAUUUCUUGUGCGUGAAAGUCUCAGCCAGCCAGGAGAUUUUGUGCUGUCUGUCCUCAGCGACCAGCCUAAGGCUGGCCCAGGCUCCCCUCUCAAGGUCACCCACAUCAAGGUUAUGUGUGAGGGUGGACGCUACACAGUGGGUGGUUCAGAGACCUUUGACAGCCUCACGGACUUGGUGGAGCAUUUCAAGAAGACGGGGAUUGAGGAGGCCUCAGGUGCCUUUGUCUACCUACGGCAGCCAUACUACGCCACGCGGGUGAAUGCAGCUGAUAUUGAGAACCGGGUCUUGGAACUGAACAAGAAGAAGGAGUCUGAGGACACAGCCAAGGCUGGCUUCUGGGAGGAGUUUGAGAGUCUGCAGAAGCAGGAGGUAAAGAACUUGCACCAGCGGCUAGAGGGGCAGCGGCCAGAGAACAAGGGCAAGAACCGUUACAAGAACAUUCUUCCCUUUGACCACAGCCGAGUGAUCCUGCAGGGACGUGACAGUAACAUUCCUGGGUCAGACUACAUCAAUGCCAACUACGUCAAGAACCAGCUGCUAGGACCUGAUGAGAACACUAAGACCUACAUCGCCAGCCAGGGCUGUCUGGAGGCCACAGUCAACGACUUCUGGCAGAUGGUGUGGCAAGAGAACACCCGCGUCAUAGUCAUGACCACCCGAGAGGUGGAGAAAGGCCGGAACAAAUGUGUUCCAUACUGGCCAGAGGUGGGUACACAGCGUGUUUACGGACUCUACUCUGUGACCAACUGUGGGGAGCAUGACACAGCUGAGUAUAAACGCCGUACCUUGCAGGUCUCCCCACUGGACAAUGGGGACCUGGUUCGGGAGAUCUGGCACUACCAGUAUCUGAGCUGGCCUGACCAUGGGGUCCCUAGCGAGCCUGGAGGUGUCCUCAGCUUCCUGGACCAGAUCAACCAGCGGCAGGAAAGUCUGCCUCAUGCAGGGCCCAUCAUUGUGCACUGUAGCGCGGGCAUCGGCCGCACAGGCACCAUCAUUGUCAUUGAUAUGCUCAUGGAGAACAUCUCUACCAAGGGGCUGGACUGUGACAUCGACAUCCAGAAAACAAUCCAGAUGGUGCGGGCACAGCGCUCAGGCAUGGUGCAGACAGAGGCGCAGUACAAGUUCAUCUAUGUGGCCAUCGCACAGUUCAUCGAGACCACCAAGAAGAAGCUGGAGGUCAUGCAGUCACAGAAGGGCCAGGAAUCGGAGUAUGGGAACAUCACCUAUCCCCUGGCCAUGAAGAAUGCCCAUGCCAAAGCCUCCCGCACCUCCUCCAGACACAAGGAGGAUGUGUAUGAGAACCUGUACAGUAAAAGCAAGAAGGAGGAGAAAGUGAAGAAGCAGCGGUCAGCAGACAAGGAGAAGGGCAAGGGUUCCCUCAAGAGGAAGUGAGCUGGAUGCUGUCCUGAGCAGCCAUGCCUUGGCGGGCCACAUUGAUCCUAUAGAGGUCUCCAGUGGACCCACCCACCGCUGGAACCUCUGAACCCCCUUUUUAUUGUAAUUUAAAUGGUCAUGCCCCCCAACCCUGUAUAUAGCCCAGCAGGCUGAGCCAGGUCCUUCUACUCUUGUAAAUAAAGCUCCUGGGAUCACUGCAAGUGUCUCUAACUCUGAGUGCCUUGUGGGGUGGUCUGGAGGGUGGCUUCUUGAAUACGUGUGGACUCAUGAAAUCUCAGUCUUCAAGGUCAGGUACUUACUUGAUUCCCGACUCUGACUCUGCUUCACACACAGGAGUGUGACUGUGGGGAAGCUUCCUUUUUCUCUCUCUUUUUUCUUUCUU